AUGGGACCCUUCGCAGUUGCGCCUACUGGUGCACGUCCCUGCGGGACCCACUCACGCCGGCACGGGGCUCCCUGCGCCCCACGCGCCCUCUCCUCGCACCCGCCUCGUGCACCCCCCGUGCUCGCGGCAGCGGGUCCCCGCACGCCUGCACCCACCGUCACCCACGCUGACACCACCGUUCGUGUGCACGAGCACGCACCCACCCGCAUCCCGCCCCCCGCACACUCGCACCAGCGGAGCGAGCCCCUGGGCUGGCACCAGGCAUUUCCUCCCCGCCACCGCUCCGGGCCGGGGCAGGCACCGACAGGGCCUGGGCCAACGCCAGCGCCAGUGCCAGUGCCAACGCCAGUGCCCACACCAGCGCCAACGCCAGUGCCGGCUGCACCCCAUGGGGCCACGGCAGGCCUGGAGCCGGUGGCUCUCUCCGGGCACGGGGUGCUGGGGCCCCGUGGCAGCCCCAUGGGCCCGGCCAUGUGCAGCCCUGCCCAUGCGGUGCCGGCGAUGGCGAGGGCCGUGGGGCCAUGGCUCAGCCGUGAGCCGCCGGCAGAGCAGGAGAGGAGCGGGAGCUGGGUGCUGCGCCCCGGCUGA